UUGGACUGGAGCUCUCCUCUCGGCAGUCCCGCGGACCCUGCUAUGGACGUCAGGUUCUAUCCGGCUCCCCCCUCCAGCGUGGGUGCGUGCACGUUAGCGCCUGACUCCACUUUGGACUAUUACCACUCCAACAAGAGCAGAUACGCCAGCGCAGAUCGAGGCGUGAGGCUCUACAGUUCUCUGCCCAUGCGCCCCAACCCCGACGGCAAGAGACUGUCAUCUUCUGGGUUUGAUGGUGACAACAUGUACAUGAAUGAAAACAACCAUGAGUUCCUCCCGCCCAGCCAGAACUACACAGCUCAGACUGGUGGCGGUAGCGGCAGUAACGGCGGAGGAGCAGGAGGUGGCGGCGGAGGCGGCGGCAGCGGCGGUGGCGGGGGAACGGCCAGCGGCAACGGAGCCGGGGAUGAAGACUACGAGAUCCCCCCCAUCACUCCGCCCAACCACCCGGAGCCUCCUCUCCUACACCUGAUGGAGCACGACUCCACGGGCUACCUCUGCCAUUCACUGUCACACAACGGCCUCAUCAACCCUUAUUCGUACCCGGAGCUGCCCACCCUCAUGAUGUCCAACAUGCUGGCGCAAGACGGCCAGCUGGUCUCCGGCCAGAUGCCCUCAAUGCACGAGAUGGCUUUGCACCACCACCACCACCUCCACCAACAGCAACAACAACAACAACACCAUCACCACCACCACCACCAGCAGCAGCACCACCCAGACGACGUUCGUUACGACCCCGCCCGUAACCACGCCCUGAUUAACCGCUCGCCUCCGAUACUGGCCAACCCAAUGAGCGCGCUGUCCCAGCUGAACCCUCAGCUGGGCCGGAGCGCUCUUCCCCACGGGUCCCCCUCGCCUCCCGGGAGCAAAUCGGCCACGCCCUCCCCCUCCAGCUCCAAUCAGGAAGAGGAGACCGAUCCUCAUUCAAAGAUGACGGGGGAGAAACGGCCAUCGUCCGAGAUGAUGAAGCCCAAGCCCAAACCGCAGAAAAAGAAGAAGAAGAAGGACCCCAACGAGCCCACCAAGCCCGUGUCCGCGUACGCGCUCUUCUUCAGGGACACCCAGGCGGCCAUCAAGGGCCAGAAUCCCAACGCCACGUUCGGGGACGUGUCCAAGAUCGUUGCGUCCAUGUGGGACGGCCUGGGAGAGGAGCAGAAACAGAACUACAAGAGGAAAACAGAAGCGGCUAAAAAGGAGUACCUGAAAGCCUUGGCUGCCUACAGAGCCAGUCUGGUUUCCAAGACAUACAAUGACCCCUUGGAGACAAAAAGUGCCCAAACAAGCCAAGCGUCUCCUCACAUGCUGCCCGCCAACCCCUCCCUGUACAGCGUUCCGCCCCCUCCCCAGUCUUCGUCACCCUACCUGGGGCCGGGGGCCUUCCCCCUCGCCGACCUGCAGAGCUACGCCGGCCACGCCCCUCGCCACGCCCUAUCGCAGACGCUCAGCCAAUCGCAGAUGCUGCCCAGCAUUAGUGCCUCUCCGCCCUCCUCCUUCCAGAUCAGCCCGCCGCUCCACCCCCACCAGCAGCUGUCACUGCACCAGAGCUCGCUGCUCAACCAGCCAAUCCGCAUGCAGCAGGUCCAGUCCCAGCCAAUCAUCUCUCACCAGAUGGGCCUGCAGGCCUCCCUUCACUCCCCACCUCCAGGCCAGCAGGGCUUUCCACACCUCCAGUCAGAGUAUCAGAAGAACAUCGGAGGGCCACAGUCUCCAGGAGGGUCUGGGGGUCCCGGUCCCGGUCCGGGUCCGGGGGUUUCUUCCGGCCACGACUGGGACGGGGAAUACUGCAAUCGGGAGUGCGGCAACCACUGCAGCGGCAGCAUGAUAGGCAGGGACAAGCCCCUCUACCUCACCUGAGCCCCCACCCACACCGACGGGGCCCGACCGACCGCCUCCUCUCUCCCUUCCCUCCUCCCUUACAUACGUGUACAUAUGUGUACUCAAACAUGCAAACACGCCGCUCCACGCCAUUGUUUCCUCUCAUGACGGGACUUUUCGGAGGGACCGGGUGGGCGGGGGGCCAACUUCCUGUACAAGCACUUACGAGGCCCCCGCUCCCCUUGUGGUCGCUGCGCGGCAGGCGAGGCCGGGCUGUGGCGCGCUCGUCCUUUUUGUCCCCUCAGGGACCCCAUCCAGCUUUAAUUAGAGAAACUCUGUUCUUGAUGUUGUUGUUGUUGUUGUUGUUGCGCUUUUUAUUUAUUUCUGCCUUGCUUUUUUUCCCCCAACUCUGCUGUGGAGAGAUAUAUAUAUACUCCCACGCCUACAUUUUUGUUUUUGCUUAAAGGGGACAUAUUGUGGCAAAAUUGACUUUUUAAUGUUUGUAUACAAAUAGUUGUGUUUCUGGAGUGCCUGCCCACCUGUCUAGUGUGAAAUUAAACUACCAAGUGAAUCUUUAGUUAUCUGCCUGUUGUUUUUGAAAAUGUGUCUGAGAGCAUAUCUGCCUCACUGUGAUGUAACAAUGGGGCUCAUUUGCAUAAUAGCCUCCCCCGCACCAAGUUUCUCCACCACUGACAUAACAGAUUAGCAUUGGCACACAUUACCUUCUUAUGACAAUGUUGGAAUUAGGGAUGGGAGAAUACCGACAUCAGGCAUCGAUAGCGGGCUGGUACCGGCCUCGUUUCAAAUGAUCGGGUACUCGUAAAGGCUGCCGAUACCAGCCAACGAAACGUGAGGCAGAAAACUCUGACAUUAAGUAAGUCCACCGCGCCAGUAGUUGGCGCUACACUGCAGGGGUUUUGACACGUUGGCAAGUCAUCAUGUGCGAUCCUUUUGGUAUUUUGACAAAAUCAUGUCACGGAUGUUUUAUGAAGACACCUGGGAACAAUUUUAAACUGGGGAAAGAAAUGCACAAUAUGUCUCCUUUAAGGACCUGCAAAUUGAUAUAAAGAAAAGAUCAUGACUCUUUUUUUUUUUCUAUUUUUAUCGUUAUUUUUAAAUAUUAAAGACCCGUGGAGGUCCAACGAGCUGUCACACAGUGUGAUUGUAAAUACAACUUUUAUGGGAUCAAAUAAGGAAGUUCACAUAGGGUUCUUCGUCUUUAAAAAAAUGACAUGUACGUCAUUGAGAGCGUGCGUGUGCGCGUGUGUUUUUAUUUGUAUUAUUUUUUUUAACUGAAUUCAACCCACAUUUCAUUAUAUGGAAGGACAUAAAAAAAAAACAUCAUAAUAUGAAUAAGUUAAUAAUGCAUUGCCUCAAAUAAUUAAUAAGAAAAAAAAUGUCGCACCGUGAAGACAAUUUUAGAAUUUACAGUAUUUUAAUGUUGCUUUUUUAUUUUAUUUUUUUUCUGUAGGUUUCUGGUUCUUUUGAUAUUUUUUAACUCCUGUGUGAUGGGCAUAACAUGCAUUUUGAUGUUUUUUUGUUUUUUUUAACCCCCUGACCGUUUUAAGUUGUGUAAAAAAAAAUCAUAAUAAUAAUAAAUAAAAAUAAAGACAAAAAAGCCAAUUGUGGUUAUAUUAUUUGUAAAGUCAGUAAUGAUAAAUAUUUUAAAUGGUUAUCAAUAUUUUUGCCAAGUGCUGAUCAGCCAAUGAAUUUUUUUAAUUUAUGAACUAAUUAAAUGAUUUUUGUUCUUAUUUUGACAGGUCUCAUUUUGUUUUUAUGUUGUUUUGUUUUCUUUGGUUUUAUUUUGUUUGGUUUUCAUUUUACUUUGUUUUUUAUUUGUUUUAUUUGAAUGUUUUACUUUUUUAUUGUAUUUGUUUUGUUUUAUUGUACUUUAUUUAGUUUAGUUUUGUUUUAUGUUUAAUUACGUUUUAUUUUCUUUGUUUUUGAUUCUUUUGUUUUAAGUUAUUUUUAUUUUACUUAGUUGUUCUUUAUUUUGUUCAUUAUGUUUUGUUUUCUUUUGUAUUAUUUUGUGGUAUUUUAUUAGAUUUAGUUCAUUUGUUUUAAGGUUUAACUUUAUUCUUUAUUGGAUUUGUUUUUAUAUAGUUUUUUUAUUUUACUUGGUUUUAUUUGAUUUGUUAAUUUUCUGGUUUUAUUUGAUUUGUAUUUUAUGUUGUUUCAUUUCCAUAUGCAUUACAUUAGCUUGUUUUAUUUUAUUUUUCCCUUUAUCUUCAUUUUGUUUUUGUUUUUGAUGAUUUCAUUUUAUUUUGUUUUAUUUUAUUUUAUUUUCAUGCUCCCCUACAUAAGGUCACAAGACAGAUUACAUUUCCUUUUCUUUCUUUUGUACAUUUGUCGCUGCUGCAGUAUCUCUUUGUGUCACAAUGCUUCUUUUUAUUUUCCCAACCUGCAUUAUGAAGAUGAUAAUAAUAAUAAAAAUGUUUAAAAGUGA